CCAAUCCAUCUCGAUCUGGAUUCAGUCGUCUUUUGUACGCGAUCGUGUUCAUAUCUUCCGAUGGGCGGCCUUCUCUUCCCGACCGGUCAAUAAUAGGUUCGACCACCAAUCCGCGCGAAUCCCCAUCGAUCUUUUGAUCAUCGACUAAGAAGUGUGUAUUCAAAUUAUGAUUGAACAGUAAGCUGAUUGCUCUUUUUUCUUCAAAGCGAGGUAGCACACGCGUCUCGGAUAGUUGCGAUAAGAUCUUAUAGAACUAAGCCGAUCGUCAUCCGUAGUUGUCGUUCGAUCUCCGGGCGGAAUUUGAAUUUGUAGAGCACCACACGCAUCCACCAUCUGCAAACAUAAUUUAGUUGGCAAUUUUUUUUGCAAUACGACGAUCAGAAAACAGUGAAGUGACUAAGCACCCUAUAGAAGUGAUAGAUUUUCGAGAUCCGGGAAAGCAAUAAUCGAAUGCACAGAGUCAGUUAGUCAGUGUCUGAUGAUUAAGAAAGUGUCGUUAACAUUCCUAACAGUUUGGGCUUUGGCACCAGUCGUUAAUCGCAGGAUAAUUUUCGGUUCGGUUUCGCGAGUGAGAAGUGACAAAGGCUUUCAGUGAUCGCAAUUAGAUCACGUCUUGGAUCACAUCAGAUUUGUCUUUUUUUUUUGUUACGCGAUCGAGGAGGCUCAAAAGUGCGUGGUACGGAUAUUCAGGAGUUCGAAGAAGUGUUUUAUGGCUCAGUGACGACAACGAUGACAGCCGCCAGCAGUUGGAGAGAUAAUUUACGGUCCCGGCGAAUGUUCCGGAUGGGUGCGAUGGGAGUUGAUGCAGUGAAGGCGCCACUGAUGCUGCAGAUACUAUUGUUGCUGCUGACAUCACUGGCGCAACCAUCCGCUGGACAGCGGCGAUCGGCGACGUAUGAAGACUGCGAACAACCGCCGGAAAUAGCCCACGGGAGUGCCCGUAUCACCGUGGACGAAACCGAAGAGUUUGUGACGGCACGCUACAGUUGUGCGGCGGGCUUCAGGUUGGAAGGCAAGGCGGACAUACGAUGUGAUAUCGAUUCCGACGAGUGGCAGGUGAAGGAGUUGCCAAAAUGCGUGAACGAACUGACCGACGAAGGUAACCCACAGCAGCCCCAUCAGAAGAAACGCAAACCCGGCAAGCUGCAAAACAUCCAGGAAGAAACCACCAUCGACAAUGGGUUGGCCUCGCAGCUGGAUCUGUCCUGCAUGGCUCAGGGCUUGAUUCAUGCUCCGGAGAUAGACAAUGGCUACGUAGUCAAGUACAACAGGCGAAGAAAAGAUGACCACAUCUUUCUGGUGGCAUUCUAUGAAUGCGAUGACUACUACGAGUUGCAGCCCCCGGACACGGAUCGAUUGUUCUGCAGUGGCAAGCAGUGGAUAGGCCAAACGCCCAGCUGCGUAUCGACGAGGGGCGAGGGCGAAGAAGACGAAGAGGAAGAGGACGAGGAGGAGGAAGAAGAUUACGACGAAGAAGAUGAGGGGGAACCUGAUCCAGAACAGCAACCCAGUGAAUCGGAAAGUGGCAAGGAUAGGCAACAAAUUCCGGAAAUAAUCCCUCUACCCCCAACAACAACGGCUGCAACCACCAUCGCGACUGAAACCACCGAGCAUUCUACAGACGAACAUCUCCACCACGUGGAAUCCACCUCCACACCCCCUUCCAGACACGAACAACACAGUGAAGGAAGUGUCGAGAUAACGACUGAACAAAUACGCCAUCCAGAAUCACAACCAACUGCGGAGGAUGAUAAUGACAUUGAAGAAAAUGUAAUUGACGGUGAAGAAGACGGAGAAGAAAGUGACCCAAUAACUGAAGGACCCACAGCGACACCUGUAAAAAUAGCAACCUGUGGUGUUGAUCGGGGAGGUUGCGACCAUGAGUGCCACGAUGGACACGAAUCUCACCCGGAGAUACGAUGUUCCUGUUAUCAUGGAUUCUUACUUGAUGAGCGUGAUGGUCGCACAUGUCACGACAUCAACGAAUGCUUGGAGAACAACGGAGGCUGCGAGCAGACCUGCACCAACAAGCCUGGAUCCUACGAGUGCAGUUGUCAGCCGGGUCUUCAAAUUGACGUCCUUGAUGGUCGAAAAUGCAUCGACAUCAACGAGUGCCUGCUGCGGAAUGGUCACGGCCCCUGCCAGGACACGUGCAUCAAUCUGUGGGCCUCCUACAAUUGCACUUGCGAAGGACUUCCGGGAACUCGUCUUUCGGCAGAUGGCCACGGCUGUGAAGACGCCGGCGAAUGUCCAAAGGCCGGCUGCUCCCAUCAGUGCCUCAGUACGAUGGGCAGGACGUAUUGCCUGUGUCCGAAGGGGUUUUCCCUCGGGGACGAUUGGAAAACUUGCCAAGAUAUCGAUGAAUGUGAGGACCCUUCGAUUGCCGAGCUCUGUCCACAUGGAUGCGAAAAUCUUCACGGGUCGUAUCGAUGUCGGCAACCGGAACCCAUCUCCACCGAGGCAUCCCCCACAGAGGACGAGCUCGAAGAAGACGGCGAUGAAGACGAGGAGGCCGAGGAAGACACCGAACUGGGUAAUGAACUUGAUUCGCCCUCCGCAACAUCCUCCACAACCACGACGGAAAUAUCUGAAAUUAAGCCCGAAGCGGUCACCGAAGGCAAACUCCCGGAGGACGUUGACGGCACCGAUGACGAAGAUGAUGAUGAUCAAAGAUUGAUGACUACGACGACAACGACAAAGAGCAACCGGACGUUGAUAGGCGGCAAAAUGAAGUGGAAAUUCAUCACCAUCCCCAUCGGCAUCACCACGGGGAGGAGGAAAGUGAAGGAGAGUUGCCAGGGAGUCAUACGUCCACUUCAACGACUACCGAAUCGUAUCGCUCGCCGGAUGAAGAGGAGGAGGAGGACCUAG